AAAGAAACAUUUGAACGCUAAGGAGGAUAGUCUAAGACAAUGCUACACAGCUACCUUUAAUGCUAAUUAUUCAGUUUAUUUGGGCGGUUGUUGUCAUUCUGGGCGACCCUACGCCUGUCACGACCUUUAAACUGCGCGCGCACUACAGCCAGGGGACUCUUGCUGAGGGGAUGGUGAAUUUAUAUGGGUAGACUACCUGACGACAAUGACUUUUCAAGACCCUGCCUUUGUCACCUGCUGUCAUCAAACAAAUGCAGUAUAACCUCUUGAAACACAAUAUCCCUAUUAUCCAACAUUUUCUUCUUAAUUGCUAGCAUUGCUGGGAAUUACUCAAACAGUAUCUGACUGUUAAACACAUGAUCAGGUGCUCUCAUUAGUUUUGAGGAGCUCAUCCACUUUCCCCGAUGAUGCGGACAGACAGCAAAGGCCGAAGCGCCUCUCCUCACAGAAUAACCUAUAAGUCUGACUUCCACGCCAUCAAAUGUUCAUUUGACACUGCUACCAGUCAACGACCGGGGCCCAAAGCUGCCGCUGUCCAGCUCUCUGCCGUGCACACAACCAGGCUGCCAUCCAGCCUGUCAGAUAACAUAAUGUCCAGCAGUACAGGCAGCAGAGGGCGAGUCCACAGCACCAGGGGGACUAAGAUAAGAGACAACAUCUUCCUGCAAAUGGACAACCAGCAGCUGAAUCAAGAUGGUCCAAUGCAGAGUUCUGGGUCUACACCCCUUCUUUUUCCCCAAAACUCCACCCCAAUGCUCCAAACUUCACCUUUCCCUGAAUCCAGACAUUCAGCUCUCAGUUCUUCGUCUGUUUUAAACUACACCACCACCAUUUCUAUUCCAGAAUCUUGUCCGCAGGAUAAAUCUCCCAGAUCAGAGGAUAUUGCUGAUAUUGACAGAGCUGCUCUGGCUCAGAAAUUCUCUGUAACCCGGAGAUUGUUUGAGACAAAGGGGAUUGAGGAUGGUGGUGAAGGAGGGCUUGACUCAAAAUGUGUUGCUGGCAGACGAAUCAAGGGAAUGGCGGAUGAAGAAGGGGAGGAAGGGUUAGGGAGAGUCAACCAAGUGCAAAGAGAGGAAGACACAAAUUGGAAUAGGAGCCAGGCAGAGGAGGAUAGCUUUGAUAAAGACAAAUCUAUAAACCUACCCAUCAUAAAUACUUUCCUGGAGAACCCUCCUGUAAACUCGCUGACAGGCCACCCUAAAUCUCCUGCAUCGUUUGGCCCUAGUGAAUCACCCAACACAUCUCCCUCCUGUGUUCACAAACAUGGUCAAACCAGAUCACAAACUGAGAAAAAAAGGAGAGCAAGCACAACUCUUGACCCCUACUUGACCCCUGAGGAACCAGUGAGGGCAGAACUAGUGGAUGUAAAGAACGGGUCAUCAGAAAGUGAUGACAAUGAAGAAGAAAAGGAGGGGGAAGGUGUCAAAAACAGGCUUAUGGAGGAUUCGGGAAAGGACAUCAACAAAGUUGCAGGGGAACAUGUUCAGGAGCUGGUUGAUGAUGUGUUUGAAGAGCCCAGCAUGUCAUGUAAAAUACAGACUAAGCAUGACAGGAAAGGUGGAAGAGACAAGUAUCAGCAGGUGAAUGAAGAAAGGGAGGGUAAAGGGGAGGGGCAGAACGGAGGGUAUAUUGCACUGGCUGAGAAGUCAACAGAAACAAGGGACAACGUGGAAAAUAAGGCUGUUGCAGGAGUUGAAGAAAAUGCUGGAAUGACAGAGAGAGACAUGAUGCAAGAGGAGGAUAAUGACAAAGAAGCUGAGAGAUGCAGUGUGGAAAACAUGAAAGGUUGGGAAGCAGAAUAUGAACAAAGCCAAGGAAAGGUACAAACUGAAGAAGAGGGAACAACUUCUGAGCUGCAAGAGGAGGUCAAGCAUGUGGAGGAGAGAGAGCGUACUGAUGGAAAAGAUUAUAUAGGAGGAGGCAAAGAGGACCAGACAGGAUCUGAAGUUACUUCUUGGAUUGAGAACGAGGCUUUUGUGCAUGAGCAGCAAUCUCAGACUAAUCCAGAGACUUCUAUACACGGAAAUCUGCAUUUAUUGCAGUAUGAGGAAAUUCCUGGUUUGCCUGAAAUGGAUGAUCAUGAGGAGGAAGAAGAAGAAGAGGAGGAUGCAUCAGAAGUUUCAAAGAGAAAGGUCAGGUUCACCUCCGCACCAAUCAAGGUGUACAACACUUAUUCUAAUGCAGAGUACGACAGACACAAUGAGGACAUUGACCCGGUGUCUGCCUCGGCUGAGUUUGAGUUGGAGAAGAGAGUGGAGAGAAUGGAUGUCUUUGCUGUGGAGAUAGAGAAGGGAAAUGAGGGCCUGGGCAUCAGUAUAAUAGGAAUGGGUGUCGGAGCUGACCAGGGACUGGAAAAACUGGGGAUCUUUGUGAAGACCAUCACUGAAGGAGGAGCAACACAAAAGGAUGGGAGGAUUCAGGUGAAUGACCAGAUAGUGGAGGUGGAUGGGGUGAGUUUGGUUGGAGUCACCCAGCUGUUUGCAGCCACAGUCCUCAAGAAUACGUCCGGCCUUGUCAAGUUUGUGAUUGGCCGAGAGAAGGAGGGUGUGGAGAGCGAGGUGGCUCGACUGAUCAACGAGAGCCUGGAAAUGGAUAAAACACCCAGAAAGAGUGGAAGAGCAAGUGGGGAUGAGGAAUAUGAUCGUAGCAUGUCAGAGAAGUCAGUGGCUGAGGAAGAAGAGGAAGAGGAGGAACUUGAAGAGGAGGACAUGUCUGUUCUUUCCCAUCUAGACAACUACCAACUCUGUCUCAAAUACAAGCAGCUUCAGUCAAAACUACAAAGCAAAGCAGCCCAACUUCACCACGCUAGAGAAAAGUUAAAGGCAUGGGAGGAGCAGCAGGCCCAUUGGCAAGACCAGAAGGACGAACUGGAGCAAAGAGUGCAGGAUGGAGAGGAGAAAGCCGACAAACUUGAGAAGUACUGGCAGGAGGCCCAGACCCUGUGCAGGGUUGUGAGCCAGCGACUGGCUGAUGCCCAGAGUCAAUCAGAAAGCUUGGAGAUCAAAUACAGCAAGGCCAAGAGACUGGUCAGAGAAUACCAGAGCAGUUUCAGGGAAGAGGAGAGGGAGAGUGGAGAAGCAGAUUUAAGAAGAGAAAUGGUGGAGAAAGAUAAGCUGCACAGAGACACUGUUGAAAGACUGCAAAUCCAGAUAGCACAGCUAGAGGGAAAAAUGCCUGGAGAAGAGGGGAAGAACCACUCUCUGGACACUUCAGUCACACGUCCAGACUGGUGUAUUCCUGAUACAGGACGUCUAGACUCCAGUGCUCACAAAGCCAGAGCUCAGCUGGCCCAGAAAUCCAAGCGGCAUCCGCCCUCUCGAGACAAACUCAGAGAGAGCUUUAGGAAUCGGGAAGAUGACAUUCAGAAAAUACAGGAGAGUCUAUCCCGGUCUGCUCCCUCGAUGACCCAAAGGAACAGCAGAAGUGACAUGUCCAAUACUUCAUCUUUCUCGGGCCUCAGCACUCGACUUUCAAACAAUUCCGUCUUCACCCCUCCCAUCUACAUCAGCGACACCGUCACUACUUCACCCUGCAAAUCCUCCGCUUCCAGAAAGUCCAAAAAGAUAUUUCCUGACUUUAGUGGCCUUCGCAAGUCUCUUAACAAAAGGAGAAGUGAAAAACGCAGCAAAAGCUCUAUACACAACAGAGGGUCGUAUGGUGACCUGGUGGAUGAGCCGGAUGGCAUUUCUCCAUCAGGUUCAGUCACCUCCAUGCCCUCUUGCCUCCCCUUCCCCUGGUUUGGAGAGCGAGGGAGAGAAAAAGAGGUGGACGAUGAGAGAGGAAGGGAGAGACUGCGGUCUGUGUCCAGCAGCAGCUUACCCUACCUGACCACCAGGGGGAGGAGAGAUCAGACAUUGGACGAUGACCCAAAUCCAACCAAUAACAACAACCAGUGGCAAAAUCGACCCAUCUCGGAGUGGGACAGCCAGCAGGUGCGUCUGUGGUUAAUCACUAUGAACAUGGAGGAGUACGCGCCACAGUUUGCUGCCAGAGGAGUGGACGGGACACAGCUGCUCAACAUGGACAAUGACAAACUCAAGGCUCUGGGGGUGUGCAGUCACAGUGACCGAUCUGCCCUCAAGAAGAAGCUGAAGGAGAUCAAGAAAAGAGAAGAAAAAGAACUGAAGAAAGGAGAGAAGAAGCAGGAAAAAGAGAAGAACAUCAUUUUGGAUAAGGAGGGAGAAGACAAAGAGCAGAUAAUGGUGGAGAAGUGUGUGAAAGAUGCCAGACGCAGUGUCAAAACCGUCAGAACUGAGUCACUCUUAUAAAAGGAAAGACGGAGGUGAUGUCGGAGAUACACAACCAGCAGCACGAGUGAGUGUUUGCAGCCCAGCAAGCACAGAAAAUACACUUGAACCAAUUUUAUAUUUAGUCGAUAGUAACACCUAGAACUACUCGGCACAUCCUAUGUUGUUCACAUCUUAAAGCUGUCAUUUAGGACACAGAAUACUACUUAUUUCAAUUGAUAGAAAUAAUGGUUGGACCAGCACCAAACUUCACACCCACAACAGCAGCUAUGUAUAUCUUGGCAUAUGUCUACAGUGAGAAUGUUUCUUUUUUUUAUUUCUAUUCUAAUAUUUAACAAUGUGCUGAUUUAAGGCACUCGGGUGUUUGCUGUAAAUGCUUUUUUAUGUAUUAAUAAAUAACAUUUUAAAUAAUCCUUUAGCUUAAAGCUCAAUGAUUUGACACAGAACACAUUGACAUAACAAUUAUUUAUUCAAGAAACUCCUUUGUUCGCUUUCACUCUUCCCAUUUUACAGCCAGUGAAUAAAAGAUCAAUUCUGCAGAAGGAGUAGUAGUAGAAAUCUCUAUUAUGUACAACCCAAGGCACUAAUGAUCAGGACAUUUAGGAAGAUGCUAUUUUUAAAUGGUGAAAAACACAGAUUGAAUGUGUAUGUUCAAAGGACUCUUUGGCCUGUAAGGCACGUAACAUUAAGUACUCGUCACCAAGAAUAAAUAGAAAACAAUUCUGCAAAACAUUUAAAAACAUGUACAAAGAUCUCUAAAAAAGGCUCCCACUGUCCCCCCCCCCCCAAACUCACAGACAGCAGCUGUGCAGGAAGAUCUCCCACACUGCAACUCUCCUUCCAGUGAUUCAUACAGACUUUGUCUGAGAUCAAUUCGAUCACUGAAGCAGAAGUUUGAUCAAGAAUUUGGCCCUACAAAUAUUUUUCUCUUUUCUUUCUUUUUUAAACAAAUGAUUUACUUUGUUAUUUACAAUCCACUUUGUGCGAAGACAAGGCAAGAAAAAUUAGUGAAAAUGUGAGUUCAUCAGUAAAAAAACAGGAAGUCUGUGUGGAAUCAGAUCUCACUGUUACGAAAAAUGUUCUUUGUCGUGCCAGGUUGUCAUCCAGGGCUUCUUUUCCACGUUUUCCCAGUUAUCACUCACAGGGUUUGGCAUUCUCUCAUCCCAUCUAAUCCGCACUGCAUUGUAACUUGGAACCUUGUCUUCAUAUUUGGCACGCUUAAAAAAUCCACACUGAAGAAAGGGAAACAGAAUCAAUAUUUUGUUCAGGGAAAAAGGCUAUUUAAAGGCAUUUAGAGAAAGCAGAGAGGGUUGAACAGACAUGUAUUUUCAUCACUCCAUUUAAUGUGCGAGAGCCAAGAUGCAGUGAAUCCAUUAAGAGUGUAGACAAACCACCUGCACUCCCUAAAGAAAAACAGUUUGCCCCGGCUUUUAAAUAAAGAGAGAAAGGCACCUUCAGGCCGUAUGUGAGAUGGAAACAAAAGAAAGUGGGACGAGAGAAAUGAAAGAGAUGCAGAUCAGCCCCAAUGGUGUAAAUCCUCAGUCUUUGCUUAUCAGCCAUCACCUCCCCUGGUCAUGCACGUAAACUGUAAUGAUCCACACAUGAUCAUGUGUGAAAAUCUUAGAGGCAUUAGCGCUUUGCAGAAAUAAUGAGUCAGCUUUAAUAACUGCAUUCAUGUCACAUUUCCUUUUUCCAGAAAGCAGCGUAUUUGUAGAAAAAAAGGGAGUGAGAGAGAAAGUGUCACUCAUUCAUGGCAGGCCGGGUAAUGUUACCCUCUUCUCUUUUUUUAUGCAUGUGAUGUCAGUUUUUCUUUCUCGCCUGGGUCCUCUUUAUUCUUUUUAUCAAACACUCCACACUGAAGAAAGGAGAAUUGUUAUAACACGUGUGUUAUUGCCGUCACGGAUACUUAUAGAUACAGUUGUUAUUUAAAAGGUGCUUUAUAGACUGCUGAGUCUUCAAAAUUCAUUAGGUAUGUGUCUUUGUUAGCUGGGUGAGACUGUCCUACCUUCCACAGAAGGAAAGCCAACAGGGCCAACAACAGCAGCCCGAACAGGAUGGACAGCACGAUGAUCCACCACGGCACGCCUCCGUACUGAGCUUCCCGCCUCUCUGGGAACACCGUCAGUCUCAGCUG